ACCACCGAAGAAGAACAAGGCGGAAGUUAGCGUCGAAGCCGAGGUAAGGUGGUGAAGGUGAAAUUUCCUCCUAAAUACAACGUGAAAAUGCCCCAAAACAACCUUUGGCGAGCAAGGGAGGAGAACAAACGACAACGGGAUACAGUUUCCUCCACUCUUGUUGUCCAAGACAUGGUCCGUAGCCGGGGAGAAGCCACGCCCCCUCGUGUAAAGAAUGAAGCGCUAGAGCCUCUGCCCCCCCACGUUAAGGAGGAAGAGGAGGAAGGCGGCGUCAAUAAGUCGCCACUGACUGUCGAUCUCGUGAAAAACGAAGAUGACGAUGACGUUGAAGACGACUCGCCUGAGUGGUCACAGCGUCGUCAUCAUCAUCAUCGCAGUCCAGGUGGAGACCACUGCGGGGGGUCACCACCAGACAACCUCUUAACUCCACUGGCGGAUAGUGACGACACAGACGAAUCUUUGAGGAGGGGUGCUGGCUGUGAAGGUGACGAUGACAUCCAGCAGGAUGAAAGGGGCUGCAGUCUAGAGCAGGACGAUCCACGGUCUCUCCACAUGAAAGUGGAGGAGGAGGAGUUUGACGUCAGCAACUUUCCUUUGACUAUCGUCGUCGUGAAGAGUGAAGAUGACGCAGAUGAGCCACCCGAGUGGUCACGGCUUCAUCGCCGCAGCCCAAGUGGAGAGCUUUGUGGAAGACAAUCACCGGACAACAUCUUAGCUCCGCUGUCAGACUGUGAAGACGUGGAGGAACCUUUUCGGAGCCAUGCAGACUACAAAGGUGACGGCAAACGGUCACAAUGCUUUGAAAACAACACAAUGCCUCGCAAGGAAACGUCACAAACAAGUAAAAAUCGUGUUACCUGCUCAGUGUGUGGGAAAGGCUUUGCUAAACAAUAUUUAAUUAGACAUUUGAGAACGCACACCGGAGAAAAACCCUACAGUUGCUCGAUUUGCGGUAAAACCUUCUCGCAAAAGCCACAUCUGGACUCGCACAUGAGAACGCACACGGGAGAAAAACCCUUUCCUUGCUCGGUAUGCGGUACGACAUUUUCUCGCAAGGAACAUGUGGAAUCACACAUGACAAUACACGGGAGAGAAAAACCCUUUACUUGCUCAACUUGCGGUAAAACCUUUUCUCAAAAGCCCUACCUGCUGUCGCACAUGAAAAUACACACGGGAGAAAAAUCUUUCAGUUGCUCAUUGUGUGGUAAAACUUUCACUCAUAAGUCACAUGUGGUAUCACACAUGAAAACACACACGGGAGAAAAACCAUUUCAAUGCACAUUGUGUGGUAAACGAUUCGCUCACAGGUCACAUGAGGUGAAACACAUGAGAACGCACACUGGAGAAAAACCCUUUCGUUGCUCAGUUUGCGGGAAAACAUUCUCUCGAAAGGAUUAUAUGAGCUCUCACAUGAGAGUGCACACGGGAGAAAAACCUUACGGUUGCUCAUUGUGCGAUAAAACAUUCUCCCUUAAGUCACAUUUAGUAACGCACAUGAGAAUUCACACAGGAGAAAAGCCUUAUAGUUGUCUAAUUUGUGGUGAAAGCUAUGCUCACAAGAACAGUUUGACUGGACACAUGAGAACGCACACCGGAGAAAAACCCUUCAACUGCUCAGUGUGUGAUAAAACAUUCACCCGGAAAGUGCAUAUGGUGUCCCACAUGAGAAGACACACGGGAGAAAAACCUUUCAGCUGUGCAACUUGUGGUAAAAGCUUUUCUCAAAGGCUGUAUCUGGUAUCACACGUGAGAAUACACACAGGGGAGAAACCUUUCAGUUGCUCAGUUUGCGGCAAAAGGUUCACUCAAAAGGCAAACAUGGUGUCACACACGAGAACGCACACUGGAGAGAAACCAUUUCAUUGCUCAUUUUGCGGUAAAGGUUUCACCCAAAAGCCAAGUAUGGUGUCGCACAUGAGGAUACACACAGGAGAAAAACCCUUUAGUUGUUCCAUUUGUGGCGGAAGCUACGCUCGUAGGUCCAAUUUGAUUGCACAUAUGAGAACACACACUGGAGAAAAACCCUUCAACUGCUCAGUGUGUGAUAAAACAUUCUCCCUGAAGGCACAUGUGGUGUCCCACAUGAGAAGACACACAGGUGAAAAACCUUUCAGCUGUGCAACUUGUGGUAAAAAAUUCUCGCAAAGGUUGUAUCUGGUGUCACACAUGAGAAUACACACAGGGGAAAAACCUUUUAGUUGCUCAGUUUGCGGUAAAAAAUUCACUCAAAAACCGAACAUGGUGUCACAUAUGAGAACGCACACUGGAGAGAAACCAUUUCAUUGCUCAUUUUGCGGUAAAGGUUUCACCCAAAAGCCAAGUAUGGUGUCGCACAUGAGGAUACACACAGGAGAAAAACCCUUUAGUUGUUCCAUUUGUGGCGGAAGCUACGCUCGUAGGUCCAAUUUGACUGCACAUAUGCGCGCCGAGCACCUAGAUAAUAAAUAAAAGUACUUCCGGUGUGUUGUCAUAAUGUCAACAGUAUGAGUGCAAACGCAGUACAAAACAUACACAUACAGUUUAGAGGUGGGGUCAACCUGCUCCAACAUGAAACAAGGUCCAUGAAGAAAUUGAUGAGUGUAGUGUGGAUAACUUUAGGGUCCUGCACAGAGUCCUGACCUCAACCCGAUAGAACAUCAUUGGAGUACGAUACUGGGAGCCAGGACUUAUUGUCUUGCAUCAUCAGUGUGACUUCACAAAUGUGCUUCUCCGAGGCUGGUUUAAAAAAAAACCCUUCUAAAACCUUUGGACAGCCUUUCUAACGAAGUUAGAGAUGUAGCUAUGAAAGGUGGACUUAUACAUUAAACCCUAUGGAUUAAGAAAGGGAUUUUACUUAAUCACAUCAAGACAAAGUGUAUGAGGGCAAUCAAGAACACAUUCAACAUCAAUUAUAAUGUACAAUAUUCAAGUGAUUUGCAAAUAAAUUUAUUCAAGCAACAGAAAAAUUGAGCUCACUAUUCUCGGUAGCCUGGGCAAAAGGACCAAAGUUGCUUGAUGCAGUACAUCUAAAGGUAAAAUUAAGACUGAAAAAUGACCUCUGAUCGUAUUUGACUUGCAUAAUCUUUUAUAUAUUUGAGUAGUGCCAAAAGAGUUUAACUGUGGUGAUGUUUUGGGGAACGUUGAUGGUAAGCGCAAAAUGCCAUACAUAGGCUAACAAAGCAAGCAUUUUUAGUGCGAUAAUCAUCAAUUUACAUUUGAACACAAGCUGGACCAUCACAUCCCAACAGAGCAUGCAGUGCAAUUCACAGAUAUCUAUUCUUUAAAACUAGUAUCAUUGCGGUUUCUGUUUUUGGCAUUAACACUACCUGAUAAAUGUUUGCCAAGUUUGCUCGUGGCCAAGGUACCACCACAGCAGAAAGAGCACAGCGCAAUGCCUUUUCAAUUAUCAUGAUGCAGAAACUGUUUAAGUCUGUAUA